AUGCCUCAUUCAGUAUCGUCAAAUGAUUCUGCGUCGCGCGACAAUGGCGACGAUGAAAUCCUACCAGACGCUCCUGCCACAGACAACGAAGCAUUAGAAGAGCAAAAAGCCGACACGAACAUAAAAUUAGAGGAUUUAUUUGCAGAUGAUGACGAUGACGAUGAAUUUCCAGCAUCCAGUACAGCCGAUGUGAAUAUGAGAAGCUCUCCACCGGCACCAGCACCAGCACCUGUAUCGCAGGCGCCCUCCGGAAUAGAUGCAGAAGUCAUGCUUGCAUUCUAUCAGCGCCUAUUUCCGUUUCGACCUAUGUUUCAGUGGCUCAAUCACGGUGUCGUGCCUUCCCCCGACAUGAUUAAUCGAGAAUUUGCCGUCUUUCUACAAAAUGAAGCUGUGCUUCGAUACCAGUCAUUCGCGACUGCAGAUUUAUUUCGCAAGGAAAUUCUACGAUUAAACCCAACUCGAUUCGAAAUCGGACCAGUAUACAGCACUAAUCCACGAGACCGCAAAAAUCGCCCUGGCACUAAGAUGAACCCGGUCGCGAAGGAGCUCGUCUUUGAUAUUGAUAUGACAGAUUACGAUGAUGUGCGUACGUGUUGUUCUAAGGCCAACAUUUGUCAUAAGUGCUGGUCCUUUAUCACCAUGGCAAUCAAGGUUGUCGAUACCGCUUUGCGGGAGGAUUUUGGAUUUGAGCAUAUUUUGUGGGUUUACUCCGGUCGACGUGGUGCCCACGCUUGGGUUGGUGAUCACAGAGCAAGAAAUCUCCCAGAUGAUAGGAGAAAGGCGAUUGCGGGAUAUCUAGAACUCGUCAAGGGUAAUGACAAAAGUGGAAAACGGGUGAAUGUAAAACGGCCCUUGCAUCCACACGUUGCGCGAAGUGUCAAACUCUUGGAGCCACAUUUCAACCAGACGACACUCAUCGACCAGGACGUCUUUCUCGGAGAACAACAAGCAGAACGUCUGCUUGGAUUGCUGCCCGACAAGAAACUAAACGAUGCCCUUCGAAGGAAAUGGGACUCAACACCAGACCGCUCAAGUACAAACAAAUGGAACGAUAUCGUUACCCUAGCCAAGACUAUCAAUGGUAUAGAUGCUAGGGCCCUCAAAGAUGCAAGAUAUGAUAUUGUCCUCGAAUAUACCUACCCGCGACUUGACGCUGAGGUGUCGAAGAAGAUGAUUCACUUGUUGAAGAGUCCAUUUGUUAUUCACCCCGGGACAGGUCGCGUUUGUGUUCCCAUGGACGGAAGAAACAUUGAAGAAUUCGACCCUUUAGCUGUUCCUACAGUGACGGAACUACUCGCAGAGAUUGACGAAUACGACAAAGAAAAUCCACCUUCAGCUUCUAAUCUGGAAACUGGCCCGUCAGACAGGAAGAUGCAGGACUACGAAAAGACAAGACUAAAGCCUUAUGUUGAUUACUUCCGCUCAUUUGUUGCGAACCUCAUUAAAGAUGAACGACCAGUGAAACGAGAGCGUGGCGCUGAAGAGACGACGACGACGACUACUGAUGCCAUGGAGUUCUGA